UUCACCAGGUAAGACUGCAGGUGUGAAGCUCUAUCUUUCUGUAUGUAUCUGUUCAACUGAUCCUUCAUAUUUUCAUCAUUCAUCUGAGAUCAGAUGCAGCUGUUCACUGAGAAGAGCAGGGAGUGUUUGGUGUUACCAUGGCAACUGCCCCUGUCCUCCUCCUCUUCCUCCUCCUCUCAGUAACUACAGAACUUUCUACAGUUUCUUCUCCUGCAGAUCAAAGUCGUCUCAGAACUUUCCACAUCACUGAGAAGAGAAUGAAUCAGACUGAGGCUCGAGCAGCUUGUAGAACAAACUACACUGACCUGGUCACUGUGUACAGUGAUGAAGACAACACUGCACUGACUAACCUGAUCAACAUGACUGGUAUCAGUUUAGCCUGGAUUGGUCUGAUCCGCAAUCAGUCCAGUGAUAAAUGGUCUAAUGGAGAUGAUGUUACAUUCAGUAAUCUGACAGGGGUCUGUGGGUCAGGGUCCUGCUGUGUUGCUAUGAAGGCUGAUGGAUCAUGGGAAAGUCUUCAGUGCACAGAUAAAAGAAACUUCAUGUGUUAUAAACGAGAUGCUGACCUCACCCUCAGAUAUCAUUUAACCUCUGAGAAUAUGAGCUGGUAUGAAGCUCAGAGUUACUGCAGGAAGAACUACACUGACCUGGUCAGCAUCAGAGAUCAGAACCAGAACGAAGCAGUGAAGAUAGAAGGGCUGACCAGCAGAACGUCCUUCUGGAUCGGCCUGCUGCAUGAUGGCUGGGAGUGGACUGAUGGUGGACGCUCUGCCUACAGGAACUGGGCGACUGCUCAGCCUCGAUCAUCAUCAGUCUGUGUCAGACUGAGAAAAGGGAAAUGGGAAACAUCACCAUGCAGUAAUACUCGUCCUGCUCUGUGCUACAACACACUCAUCCAUGUCAGCGCUGAGCAGAUGGACUGGGAGAGCGCUCUGGAUUACUGUCAGAGAGAGAACAGGACGGCUAUUCUGCGCAUCGAGUCUGAUCUGGACCAGAAAGAGGUGAAGUUCGAGCUCAGGAGGAGGCGUGUCUCUGGGCCUCUGUGGGUGGGGCUUGGACAGAGUCGACUCUCUGAGCUGUUGAAGUCGUCCAGUAAGCUGGCUUUGGGACCCUGGACCAACAGGAACGAGAGACAGACUGAGCCUGCGCCCCUCAGCCGUGCUGGGACAGACACUGUGGAGAAAACGUUCAGGAAGAAGACGGACGUUUCAGCUCUUAGAGCUGUUUGUGAACUUAAACAACCAUAAAAGACAGAUUUCUCACCCUGGAAGUGACCAGUCCACUGUUUUCUAGCUCUGACUCUGUUCCAGUCCACAUGCACUUCACUAGAUUAAUUCAGUCUAUAAAGCAGAUUAAAUACUAAACAGUGAUAAAGACUCAGUUACACACUUUUAAAAUGAUUUAGCUUCUCUUUGUUUAU